AUUCUAAGUUAGUUUCACUCCCGACAUCGGUACUAAAGCUGUUUUCCGGCCUGUGCAAAAUGUGAUUUUAAUUUAAUUGUGAAUUAAUCAAAUUAUGUGAUUAGGACUUUAUUUAAUUCAAUUAAUUUCUUUUUAUUUCAAUUUAAUUAAAAUGGGUUUCGAUUUUUCGCGUAGACAGUGGUUGACUAUCGUUGUGAUAUCAAUUGCUGAUUUUUGUAAUGCAAUAUGCGUAGCUCUUCAAGCGCCUUUCUACCCCCAAGAAGCCGAAAAAAAAGGUUGCUCGGCGACGGAGUAUGGUCUAGUCUUCGGCAUAUUCGAGCUGGUGGUGUUUGUUGUCAGUCCGAUAUAUGGCGCACACCUUAACAGAUUGGGGCCGAAGUUGUUGUUCAACGGUGGGAUACUCACUACAGGAACAUGCGCUAUAUUGUUUGGGUUGCUAGAUAAAGUGGACGAUCACAUCGCCUUCAUAGCGCUGAGUUUUACCAUCAGAAUCAUAGAAGCCAUGGGUAAUGCCGCCUUCCUCACCGCUUCUUUCGCCAUCAUCGCUAAAGAAUUCCCCAACAACGUGGCUACUAUGUUUGCGUCGCUAGAAACGUUCUUCGGUUUGGGUUUGAUUGUUGGCCCUACGGUAGGCGGAGCUCUGUACGGCCUGGGAGGUUAUAGCUUGCCAUUCGCAGUUCUGGGAUCAGCGCUGUUUUGUGCCGCUGUCAUGAGUUGUGUCGUGUUGCCGAAAAGUCAUGAUGAUGAAGACGUGAGGCCUACUGGACCGACGAUGUUCACCCUUCUGAAGAUCCCUAGUUUAAUUCUGUCGGCAAUGAGUAUCCUAGCGACGAGUAUGAGCAUAGGAUUUCUACAGGCCACUCUCGAGCCACAUUUACGAAAGUUCAACUUCUCGCCAAUGGUGCUGGGGUUGAUGUUCGUGAUCAAUGGUGGUGUGUACGCGGCGUCGGCCCCCGCGUGGGGUUGGCUCUGCGACCGGCCUGGUAUGAGGCCGAAAUACGUCACCGCCAUUGGUUGCCUUUGCGUCGCUUCUGGGUUCAUGCUCAUCGGACCCGCGCCGUUUUUUGACUUCCCUACAAUACUAUGGGUUGUAGUGCUUGGAUUGAUGCUGCAUGGCUUGGGUAUGGGCAGUCAACUGGUGGCGUCAUUUUCCGAUGCGUUAAGUACAGCCAUAGCAAACGGCUUACCGAACUCUAUAGAAACAUACGGCCUUGUCUCUGGAAUGUGGACUUCUAUGUUCGCAUUAGGUGCUUUCAUUGGCCCAACUGUAUCUGGCUUGCUGUAUGACUCCAUCGGAUUCCGCAAUUCUACACUGUUUAUCUUUAUUCUACAUGUAUGUUUGAUGUUGAUGGUUCUCAUGUUCCUGUGGACGUGCGACCGGUCGUACAAGAUGGACGUGUCGGUGUCUGCAGGCGACCUGCUGCAGCUCGACGGCACGCUCGACGAGAGCGUACUCGUCGGUGACAAGUACAUCGCGCCGGAGAGGACCAAGAGUCGUCGCUGUGGUAUCAGCGUGGAGAAGUCUCGUCCUCCCGCCAUGAACAGCCUCAUCGCGUGUUCAAGCUACAAGAAUCGCCGCAGCCCAUGGAGCCAGCGCACGCCCCGGUACCGGCCCACGUACGGCAGCCUCGACCAUCGGUACAGAGGCGCUUAUGGCACGUAACCAUCAAUAAAUGACGACUAAAUACAGA